UACCUUUUAAUGGUGAAAAUGUGACGCCACUUGACUAGGCGUCCAUCGAGUUUCAAAAUUGCAUCUUCCUCAAACACAAAAGAAUUGUACACAUCGAAAUUAGGCCCUUAUUUCGACAAAAGCACCAAAGAACAAAUACUAUAUUUGACGAAAGUGCCCACACGCGCCUAUGGCGUACAGCAGUGGCUGCCGCUUUUGUUCGUUGGAGUUCCUGAUUUAAUACCAUCACAAUGAAAUAACUAGGAUAUUGUGUUGUUUUUAAACCAUUUACCCCACAUUUCUCAUGAUCAUAUUGGGUUUUAUAGGAUUAAUACAUCGAUCUGCAAUCGUCCCAUUUACCGAGCUGGAGUGAGACAUUUUGCAGCACCCUAGCUUCCAGGAGCCCUGAGUAAUGUAAGCUUGAACAGCUCCUGUCCCAGCAGUGGCCAUCUGCACAAUGGGGCUGGACUUUGAUGUGAAGACUUUCUGCCACAACCUCCGGGCCACCAAGCCCCCUUACGAGUGCCCCGUGAAGACCUGUCGCAAGGUCUACAAGAGCUACAGCGGCAUCGAGUACCACCUCUACCACUACGACCAUGACAACCCAACGCCUGCGCAGGCCAUGCCCCAGAAGAAGAGGAAGGGGCGCCCCCCUCGAGUGUCCCUGGUUGGGGACGGAGAGGGAGGGGUGGGAAAGGGAGGUGGGCUGGGGCUGGGCGGGCAGGGAGCGAACACCCCGGGGAGUCCUAACCGGUCUGAGCGCUCCCACUCCCCAGGCAGGGAGACGAUGACCUAUGCCCAGGCCCAGCGCAUGGUGGAGCUGGAGAUCCAUGGACGCAUCCACCGCAUCAGCAUCUUUGAGAACAUUGACGUGGUGUCGGAGGACGACAGCGGGGCCGAAGACCCUCCAUCCUUAGGUGGAGGGGGAUGUGGGGGAGGGGCGUGUAAUGGGGGAGAAAGCGGGGGAGGAGGGAGUGAGGCAGGUGGCAAGGGCAAGGACAGGCAUGACACCCCUGCUGCUAACGCAGGGAAGGCCACAUCUAAGUCUGGGAAGCACAAGAGUAAAGAGAAGAAGAAGGAGGUAUCAUCGCACCACCAAAGUGCUUCCUGUGGCCCGGUGGUCAAACUGCCUGAGGUGGUAUACAGAGAGCUGGACCAAGAGAGGCCUGAUGCACCCACAAGACAUUCCUCCUACUACAGGUACAUAGAUAAGUCGGUAGAGGAGCUGGAUGAGGAGGUGGAGUAUGACAUCGAUGAAGAGGACUACAUCUGGCUGGACAUCAUGAAUGACAAGCGACGUAGUGACGGGGUGACGCCCAUCCCCCAGGAGGUGUUUGAGUACCUCAUGGACCGGCUGGAGAAAGAGUCCUACUUCGAGAGCCACAACAAGAUGGACCCUAGCGCCCUGAUCGAUGAAGAUGCCGUCUGCUGCAUCUGUAAUGACGGCGAGUGUCAGAAUAGCAACGUGAUCCUGUUCUGUGACAUGUGUAACCUGGCCGUACACCAGGAGUGUUACGGUGUGCCCUACAUCCCUGAGGGCCAGUGGCUGUGUCGGCGCUGCCUCCAGUCCCCUAGCCGGGCCGUCGACUGUGCCCUGUGCCCCAACAAGGGUGGAGCUUUCAAACAGACGGAUGAUGCACGCUGGGCCCAUGUGGUGUGUGCCCUCUGGAUCCCUGAGGUGUGUUUUGCCAACACUGUCUUCCUGGAGCCCAUCGACAGCAUCGAACACAUCCCCCCGGCGCGAUGGAAGCUCACUUGCUACAUCUGCAAGCAGCGCGGCUCAGGUGCCUGCAUCCAGUGCCACAAGGCCAACUGCUACACAGCCUUCCACGUCACCUGCGCCCAGCAGGCCGGCCUCUACAUGAAGAUGGAGCCUGUCAGGGAGACCGGUGCCAACGGCACCUCCUUCAGCGUUCGCAAGACCGCCUAUUGCGACAUCCACACCCCGCCCGGCUCUGCACGCCCCAUCGGAGGGGCGGGAGGGACUAGCAUGGGCUCCUCCCACAGCGAUGGCGAGCUGGAGGAGGACGAUGAGCCCAGUAUAGGUCACGAUGACGACUCCAAGGGCUGGAGCUCAGAGCGGGCCAAGAGGGCCAAGGCCAAGUCCAGACUGAAGAUGAAGAGAGCCAGGAAGAUACUGGCUGAGAAGAGGAACGCUGCGCCUGUGGUUUCUGUGCCCUGUAUACCCCCACACAGGCUCAGUAAGAUCACCAGUAACCUGACAGUGCCCAGGAAAAGCCAGUUUAUGCAGCGACUGCAUAGCUACUGGACCCUGAAGAGGCAGAGCCGGAAUGGUGUCCCUCUGCUGCGACGGCUCCAGACCCACCUGCAGUCGCAACGCAACACAGAGCAGCUACAUCCACAGCCGCAGGCGCCAGAGUCAAAGGUUACCACGGUAACCACCACACCGUCUCUGUCUGGUGGUGUUAUCUCAGCGAGGGACAUUGAGGAGAAUAACUUGGCUCUGAAGGAGCAGCUGAAAGCAUGGCAGAGACUGAGACAUGACCUGGAGAGAGCCAGACUACUGGUGGAGCUCAUCCGCAAGAGAGAGAAACUUAAGAGGGAGACGAUCAAGGUACAGCAGAUGGCACUAGAGAUGCAGCUAACUCCCUUCCUGGUCCUACUGAGGAACACCCUGGAGCAACUACAGGAGAGAGACACCAGCAACUUCUUCACUGAGCCUGUCCCUCUGGCUGAGGUGCCAGACUACCUGGACCACAUCGAGAGGCCUAUGGACUUCCAGACCAUGUGGAAUCUACUUGAGUCUCACUGCUACCUCAGUUUCGAGGCUUUCGAGGCAGACUUUGGCCUCAUUGUCAACAAUUGUCUCAAAUACAACGCCAAGGACACCGUGUUCUACCGCGCCGCACUGCGCCUCCGGGAGAUGGGCGGGGCCGUGAUCCGAACCGCCCGCAGACAGGCUGAGCGAAUUGGCUUGGACUAUGACACAGGCAUGCACCUCCCCCGAGAGCCCAGCCCUGACAGCCAGCGUGACAGAGAGAGGGAGCGGGAGAGAGAAAGGGACAGGGAGCGAGAACGAGAGAGGGACCGAGACGGAGACAGGCCGCUCUCUUCCAAUGAGGAGGACCUGCUCUUAUCAGAGAACCGGCGACGGCUGCCAUUGGAGGAGCAGCUGUGUUUUUUGCAGGCACGCUUUGAUGAGGUCAGCUCGGGGAAGCACAGCAUCGGUCGGUCGCGGCGGGCCAAAGCCCUGAGGAAAGAGAUGACGGUCAUCAAGAGGAAACUGGCCCACCAGAGAGAGGGGGGUUCGUGCAUGGGGGGCAGGGACUCAGGGGGCGGAGGGGACAGGGGACCAUCCCUCCCCCAUCACCCCUCCUCCACAGGACGCCAUGACGAGGGGGAGGAGAGCAGCAGUCAGGAGAUCAGUGGCAAGGAUCUAAGUGCAUCGUCUUCGGCUCUAGCUCCAGAGGUGGGACGUCGUACCUCUGUCCUCUUCUCCAAGAAGAACCCCAAAACGGCCGGACCCCCCAAGAGGCCGGGCCGCCCCCCUAAGAACAGAGACGCAGGGGUAAGCCCUAGUCCGAUUGGUCCCCCCCAACUGCCCCUCCUGUCCCCCCCCCGGCAGAGGAAGAGACCCCGCAGCCCUCACAGCACCUCCAGCUCCGAGAGUGACAGUGACGACCUCCUUCCGAGUCUGCCCACUAAUGGUUUUGUUGGGGGCAACCAGCCGGUGACAGAGAGUUUUCGGGUGUACAGGAAUGAGAGGAGCCUCCCUCGAUCCAGCUCUGACUCUGAAUCCACCACUAGCAGCAGCAGCAGCGCUGCCUCUGACAGAACCAGUACCACUCCGUCUAAGCAGGGCCGGGGGAAGCAGUCGUUCCCUCGUUCCGCCUUCCAGGAGGACAGCAGUGAGGAGACAUCAGGGACAGAGAAUGACUCCUACUCUGUGGGAGGGUCACGCAGUGUCUCACACUUAGGGUGGGGCCGGGGCCGAUCAGGUUGUAGGAUGCCAUCAGAUGACUACUCUUCCCUUGAUGCUCUGGACCUGGUGUGGGCCAAGUGUAGAGGCUACCCUUCAUACCCUGCUCUGAUCAUAGAUCCUAAGAUGCCCAGGGAGGGGGUAUUCCACCGAGGGGUCCCCAUCCCCGUGCCCCCCCUGGAAGUCCUGAAGCUGGGGGAACAGAUGACUCAGGAGGCCCGGGAACACCUCUUCCUGGUUCUCUUCUUCGACAACAAGAGAACCUGGCAGUGGCUGCCGCGCUCUAAGCUGGUUCCUCUGGGGGUGGACCAGGAGCUGGACAAGGAGAAGAUGCUUGAGGGAAGGAAGUCCAACAUCCGCAAGUCAGUGCAGGUGGCCUACCACCGUGCCAUGCAGCACCGCAACAAGGUCCAGGGAGACCCCAGCAGUGACACCAGCGACAGCGACUGAGCACACACACGUCUUUUCUGGCCUCCUGUUGUAUUGAUAGGGUAUUAUUUUCAGGUCUGUGUGUUGAUUGAUAUACCCUGUGGCCUUGGAGAGCCAUACCCCAGCACACAGUAGAAUCAGUGUGCCGGUGUAACCUAUUGGAAAGCACAUGCCACAUUCUCUCUCUCGUUCGUUCGUACGUACGUACGUACUUUGUUGACACACACAGUGGUAUUUAAUCUGAGAUGUAAAAUAUGUAUUUAAGAGAAUUGAAACAAAAAGGGUAUUAAGAGGAUGGAAGACAAUGCUAUGCCCAGAAUCAUGAUGGAAAAUGUUCCUUGUAUGUGGUUGGUAUGAGUGUUUACCAGCUCCUGAAAAACAGGAUCUGCGAACAGAGGGUUGUAUUACACAAAUAUGCGCAUACACACUUGUAUACAGUCAGGUCCAAAGUGAUUGCCACCCUUGAUAAAGAUUAGCAAAAAAGACUGUAUAAAAUAAAUAAUACAAAUACUCUGCUAUAUUGUAUGCAAAAAUUUGCAUUUAUUUUUAUUUUAUACUAAUACACUUCCUCAGAGAAAGAGAUUUUGAUGGUGGGGGUAAAAAGUAUUGGCACCCCUAUUUUCAAUUCCUGACCUUAUGAGGAUAAUGGCACUGAGCCUUUAGAAAAAGUGUUUUAUGAGAUUGAAGAACACAUUGGGAGAGAUCUUAUUUUAUGUUCAAUUGACAUAUUCUUUGUGGCUUUUGAUGUGUGCUUGGGGUUAUUGUCUUGCUGGAAGAUUCACUUGCGGCCAAGUUUCAGCCUCCAGAGGCAACCAGGUUUUUGGCUAAAAUGUCCUAGUACUGGGUAAAUUUGACCGUAACAAGGGCCCCAGGACCAGUGGAAGCAAAAUAGCCCCAUACAGUCAAAGAUCCACCACCAUAUUUGACAGUAGGUAUGGGGUUCUUUUCUGCUCACGCAUCCUUAUUUCGAUGUCAAACCCACCACUUGUGUGCGUGGCUAAAGACCUCUAUUUUACUCAUCUUUAUCAAGGGUGCCAAUCAUUUUGAACCUGACUACAUUCAAACAGGGAAAUGCAUACACACUCACACAAAGCUCUUCUCAUAGGAAAAUAUACACAUCCACACACCCCAUUGUGUGCACUUAUGGUUUGACAGUACCACUGGUCCAGCAACCCCUCUGCCACCGCCCCCUCUUACCCCAUGUCCAAUCACGGCCCAAUGGAGCACGGGGUUGGAUGGCAUGGCCAAUCAACUGAGCAAAGCAUCUUCCUGCUAUUUAUUCCGUCUCCCAAGGACCUCCAGUCUUCUCUCCACUAGUCUAACUGACCGUCUUCACAACAUUGCAUUGUGCAGUCGUUUCCUCUACUCUUCCGUAUAUUUUUUUUUUUGUCGACUCUGUUUACAUCUCUUUUUGUUCUUGUCUGUUGUACAAUUCUGGCUGCUGGUGAAUAAUGAGGACUAAUGUGGAUAUGAUAAAACACGCCAGCCUCACUGUCUGUUCUAGUCUCAGGCCAAUGGCUUUAGAACUUUUAUAUAUACAGAUUACAUAAGAUAGAAGUUUAAUAAAAUAAUUGAGUUUUGUA